UCUCUCACGCUCUCAACCCGCGCGCGCACCUACACACUUCUUUAUGUCAUCACGUGCUCCUCCUCACUCUUCCUCUCUCUCCUCACUACAAAAACCAUUCUUCAACUUACAACACACAGUGUUUUUUUGUUCCACUAAAUCAAAAUCUCUCAUUCUCAUUACCUUUAUUCUUUUGAUUUUUUUCGUUAUGUUACUAGUGGAGAAAACCAACCUCACUUCACAAUGCUUCAACCGUAUUUCUGAUAAGAAGAAAGAAAGAUGGAAGACACACAACAACAACCCAUGGCGUGUUUUGUUUCUCUUAUGUAUGUGGAGUCUUGUUGUGCUCCCUUCAUGCGUGAGACCAGCUUUGUGUGAAGAUGAAAGUUGGGACGGAGUGGUUGUGACAGCAUCAAACCUCUUAGCACUUCAAGCUUUCAAGCAAGAGUUGGUGGACCCAGAAGGGUUCUUGCGGAGCUGGAACGACAGUGGCUAUGGUGCUUGUUCAGGAGGUUGGGUUGGAAUCAAGUGUGCUCAGGGACAGGUUAUCGUGAUCCAGCUUCCUUGGAAGGGUUUGAAGGGUCGAAUCACUGACAAAAUUGGCCAACUUCAAGGCCUUAGGAAGCUUAGUCUUCAUGAUAACCAAAUUGGUGGUUCAAUCCCUUCAACUUUGGGACUUCUUCCCAACCUUAGAGGGGUUCAGUUAUUCAACAAUAGGUUAACUGGUUCCAUCCCUUCUUCUUUAGGUUUCUGUCCUUUGCUUCAGUCUCUUGACCUCAGCAACAACUUGCUCACAGGAGCAAUCCCUUAUAGCCUUGCCAAUUCCACCAAGCUUUAUUGGCUUAACUUGAGUUUCAACUCCUUCUCUGGUACUUUACCAACUAGCCUAACUCACUCAUUUUCUCUCACUUUCCUUUCUCUUCAAAAUAAUAAUCUUUCUGGCAACCUUCCUAACUCUUGGGGUGGGAAUCCCAAGAGUGGCUUCUUUAGGCUCCAAAAUUUGAUCCUAGAUCAUAAUUUUUUCACUGGUAAUGUUCCUGCUUCUCUGGGUAGCUUAAGAGAGCUCAGUGAGAUUUCCCUUAGUCAUAAUAAGUUUAGUGGAGCUAUUCCAAAUGAAAUAGGAACUCUUUCUAGGCUUAAGACACUAGACAUUUCUAAUAAUGCCUUCAAUGGGAGCUUGCCUGUUACCCUCUCUAAUUUAUCCUCACUUACAUUGCUGAAUGCAGAGAACAACCUCCUUGAAAAUCAAAUCCCUGAAAGGUUAGGUACAUUGCGUAAUCUUUCUGUUCUGAUUUUGAGUAGGAACCAAUUUAGUGGACAUAUUCCUUCAAGCAUUGCAAACAUUUCCAUGCUUAGGCAGCUUGAUUUGUCACUGAAUAAUCUCAGUGGAGAAAUUCCAGUCUCCUUUGAAAGUCAACGUAGUCUUGAUUUCUUCAAUGUUUCUUACAAUAGCCUUUCAGGUUCUGUUCCACUUCUACUUGCCAAGAAAUUUAACUCAAGCUCAUUUGUGGGAAAUAUUCAACUAUGUGGGUAUAGCCCUUCAACCCCAUGUCUUUCACAAGCUCCAUCACAAGGAGUCAUUGCCCCAACUCCUGAAGUACUGUCAGAACAGCACCAUCGUAGGAACCUAAGUACCAAAGACAUAAUUCUCAUAGUAGCAGGAGUUCUCCUAGUAGUCCUGAUUAUACUUUGUUGCAUCCUGCUUUUCUGCUUGAUCAGAAAGAGAUCAACAUCGAAGGCUGAGAACGGACAAGCCACGGGGAGAGCAGCCGCUGGAAGGACAGAAAAAGGAGUCCCUCCAGUUGCUGCUGGUGAUGUUGAAGCAGGUGGGGAGGCUGGAGGGAAACUAGUCCAUUUUGAUGGACCAUUGGCUUUUACAGCCGAUGAUCUCUUGUGUGCAACUGCUGAGAUCAUGGGAAAGAGCACCUAUGGAACAGUGUAUAAGGCUAUUUUGGAGGAUGGAAGCCAAGUUGCAGUGAAGAGAUUGAGGGAAAAGAUCACUAAAGGUCACAGAGAAUUUGAAUCAGAAGUCAGUGUUCUAGGAAAAGUUAGACACCCCAAUGUCUUGGCUCUGAGGGCCUAUUACUUGGGACCCAAAGGGGAAAAGCUUCUGGUUUUUGAUUACAUGCCUAAAGGAGGUCUUGCUUCUUUCCUACAUGGUGGUGGAACUGAAACCUUCAUUGAUUGGCCAACAAGGAUGAAAAUAGCACAGGACAUGGCUCGUGGCUUGUUUUGUCUUCAUUCCCUGGAGAACAUUAUACAUGGGAACCUCACAUCCAGCAAUGUGUUGCUUGAUGAGAACACAAAUGCUAAAAUUGCAGAUUUUGGUCUUUCUCGGUUGAUGUCAACUGCUGCUAACUCCAACGUGAUAGCUACUGCUGGAGCAUUGGGAUACCGGGCACCAGAGCUCUCAAAGCUCAAGAAAGCAAACACUAAAACUGAUAUAUACAGUCUUGGUGUUAUCUUGUUAGAACUCCUAACGAGGAAGUCACCUGGGGUGUCUAUGAAUGGACUAGAUUUGCCUCAGUGGGUUGCCUCUAUUGUCAAAGAGGAGUGGACAAAUGAGGUUUUUGAUGCAGACAUGAUGAGAGAUGCAUCGACAGUUGGCGAUGAGUUGCUGAACACGUUGAAGCUCGCUUUGCACUGUGUUGAUCCUUCUCCAUCAGUACGCCCGGAAGUUCAUCAAGUGCUCCAGCAGCUAGAAGAGAUUAGACCAGAGAGAUCAGUCACAGCCAGUCCUGGGGACGAUACCAUAUAGCACAAUUUUUGCAUUGAUUUUUUUUUUUGUGCCAAACGUAGUUGUUUUGAUACAAGUCAUAAGUGCUUCUGAAAACUUAUCUCCUGGAAAUAUAGAGCUUUUUUCCAGUUGAGAUGUUUUGAAAAGCUCUUAAAAGCAGCACCUUCUACCUUUUGUAUCCGAACAGGCUACUACUAUUAGUACUAUAUAUAUGUUCUAUGAUUCUUUCAUUCUUAUAUUAAUUUUGCCUGUUUGAAUGCUUGAAAUUGUACAUACUACAUACUACAACAAAGUGUAGUUUCUGUUUAAUUUUGCCUCUACCCCCAAAGCUGGUGUGUAAUUCUGUUUCCUCCAAGGCACAUAAUAGUUGAAAUAGUUGCUCACUCAGGAGCAUCCAUUAUUUAUUCUUCGAGAUUCUCUUUCA